AUGGGGGGGGAGAAGGGCGAGGAGUUUUUGAUAAUCUGUGCGAGUGAGCGCACAGACGUGAAGGUGGGCAACCGCCACGCGCCCUACCGCCACCACCGCGGCGACUUUGCCUUUGCGUUUGCGCUGCUGUACACGUCGCUGGCGGCGGUGCUACCGCGCGUGUCUGCUCUGCUUGACAUCGCGCAGGGGCCCUCUUGGGAGCAGCCGGGCAAGCUCAGUGCGAUCGUGCAGGAGCACGAGCAGGAGGUGCGGUUCAACCCGGGGUGGUUGGAGGAGGGGGACGACAGGGUGGUGGCAGAGCUGGUGGGGUCGCAGAUGCUGCCGCUUGUGCUGCAGCCGGGUCGCAUCAUCCUCACGCCCUACAGCGUCUACUUCCAACCCUUCAAUGUUGUGUCUUCUGUGCCUGUCGUGCGGAAUCCUUUGAGAACGGUCACGGCUGUCAUGCGCCGAUCGACGCACCUCCAAGAGAUCGGAGUGGAGAUUUUCUAUUCACAAUGGUCCAGCAUCUACUUCACGUUCAAGUCAACGCAGGACUGCUCCCGCUUCUACUCGCUGCUGCUGCAGCAGCCCGGGCUAUCGAUAGAGAGCAUGCGCAGUCGGGACAAGUGGGUGAGGGACUGGGUGAGUGGCGCCAUCUCCAACUUCGACUACCUCAUGUACCUCAACCGCGAGGCCAACCGCUCCUUCAACGACCUCUCGCAAUACCCCGUCUUUCCCUGGGUUAUUGCGGAUUAUACCUCCAAGGAACUGGAUCUCAACUCUCCAGCCACCUUUCGAGACUUGCGCAAGCCCGUGGGAGCCCUCAAUCCCGAGCGCCUGGAGAAAUUCCGGCAGCGCUACGACGACCUAGCAGAGCUGUACGAGGAGUGGGCGGGAAACUUCCCGGAAGGCGAGGUGCCGCCGCACGUGCCGGGCACGCCAUCCCCCGCGUUCCUGUACGGGUGCCACUACUCAACGCCCGGCUACGUGGUGUAUGUGCGCGUGCGCGACGCCCCCCAGCUCAUGCUAAGGCUGCAGAACGGAAGAUUUGACAUGCCCGACCGACUUUUGUCUUCCAUCCCCGAGAUGUGGGAGGGGGCGUACAACAACCCAUCAGACCUCAAGGAGCUUAUUCCAGAGUUCUAUUCGCUCUCCACGUCCUUCCUGCUCAACUCACAAGGGCUAGACCUAGGAGUCAAGCAGGACGGGGUGCCAGUAGGUGAUGUGGUGCUGCCGCCCUGGGCAACCGACGCCCAUGACUUCGCUGCCAAGAUGCGCCAAGCACUAGAAUGCCCCUACGUGUCAAAGAGGCUGCACCAUUGGAUCAACCUGGUGUUUGGGUGCAAGCAGAGGGGCGAGGCGGCAGUAGAGGCAGACAAUGUAUUCCACCCGCUCACCUACGAUGACAUAGGCGCUCAGGUGCUAGCAUCAGUGGAGGACGACACAGUGCAGGCGGCGCUAACAGUGCAGAUGAGGGAGUUUGGCCGCACACCCAAGCAGCUCUUCACCACGCCGCACCCGCGCCAGCUGCGCAAGGAAGUGCGCGUCAUUCACAGAUACGUGCGCACAGCAUCAAGAGCCAUGCGGCUGCCAUCACUCUUCCGCCAGUCAACAGUGGAUUCACACAUCGUGGUGCAGUCGCUCUCCACGCUCAACCGCGUCUCCACCCACCGCUCCCACCUCGACACCAAACUCAAGUCCCGCCGCGGCUACAAGACGAUUCUAAUGGGAGCGCUGAACCCGCUAGUGGAGCUGGCACUGCCAGACCGGUCGGUGUAUCGUGCCAUAGCACAGGUCGCAGGGGGCGAGAAGGACAGGGAGGGGCAGGAGUUUGGGCUCGAGUGGCUUGAAAACACGGCCAUGUACAGAGAAGCAGACAUGCUUCAAAUCUCGAGUGCCAAGUACCUGCUCCCGCUCAUGCCUCUCGCCCUCUCCAAGCGCACUGACCAGAGGGCGGCAGCCAUGCGGGCGGUUGCAGCCCUCUGCAAGCCAGACGCCAACCGCCAGUUUGUCUAUUCUGCGGGCUUUCUGGAGCCCAUCGAGGCAGCAAUCGUGGGUGGAUAUGACCGAGGCACCAAGGCGGCAGUGGAUGCAAUCGCAAAGCUCUCCGUGCUGCCGGAGGUGGUGGAGGAGUUCAGUACAGCUGGCGUCCUCUCAUUGGUCGACCUCCUCGUCAUGAGCGACAACUCGCUGCAGGCAGUGGAGACCCAGGCACUGGCAUGUGAGGCGUUGUGGCGGCUGUGUGGGUUGAAGCGCCACCGCCUUCCGGCACUAGGCAGGGACGUGCUGCCGCGCCUGCUGCCGCUUGUGCGGGCGGGGGAGCACUUUACAGUGGAGCUGAGGGAAAUGGCUCUCAGAGCACUGGCUGCUGUGUGCGUGGAGACCAGCAGCCAGGAGGAGAUGCUUCAAAGAGGAGGCCUCAAGGAGGUCCUCGAAAUCUGCGCCAUGGAGGCAGGAAACAUCCUGGAAGCCGCCAUCGCCGCGCUCGCCGCCCUCUGCCGCAAUCCCGAGCUGCGGCUGCAAAUCGCCGUGGAGGGCGGGCUUCGUCUCUUGUGCAACGCGUCCUGCGCUGCCGAGGCACAGAUUCAGGAGGUGGCGGCGUCGGCGCUGCAGAGCCUGCUGGGCGACGGGGUGAUUCUGAACGGCGUGAUCAGGGAGGAGGGGCUGUGGUCGAUUAUCGCCAUGGCCCAGUCGCAGCACCACGAGGUGCAACGAUUGGCUGCCCGGGCCUUCUGGUAUCUGGCCAUUCACUGCGAGAACAAGCGACAGAUACAGGAGGUGGCGGCGUCGGCGCUGCAGAGCCUGCUGGGAGAUGGGGUGAUUCUGAACGGGGUGAUCAGGGAGGAGGGGCUGUGGUCGAUUAUCGCCAUGGCCCAGUCGCAGCACCACGAGGUGCAGCGGCUGGCUGCCCGGGCCUUCUGGUAUCUGGCCAUUCACUGCGAGAACAAGCGACAGAUACAGGAGGUGGCGGCGUCGGCGCUGCAGAGCCUGCUGGGAGAUGGGGUGAUUCUGAACGGGGUGAUCAGGGAGGAGGGGCUGUGGUCGAUUAUCGCCAUGGCCCAGUCGCAUCACCACGAGGUGCAGCGGCUGGCAGCGAGGGCGUUCUGGUACCUGGCGAUCCACUGCGAGAACAAGCGACAGUCGCAGCACCAUGAGGUGCAGAGGCUGGCAGCACGGGCGUUUUGGUACCUGGCGAUUCACUGCGAGAACAAGCGACAGGUGCGUGUGGUGGGGAGUUGGGGGGAUUAA